AUGUUGCCCCAUAUGAUUCCAUUCGCCGUCAAUGGCUUCGCUAAUGGUCAAAGACAGCUGUUACCUCCGUUAUUCAAAUCAGAACCAAUUACAAUUCAACAAUCAGGGCAUAUAGAUCAAGAGUUAUCUCCAGUGUUGUACCAACAGCUGCAACCGUUUCCUAUGACGCAUACGCAGCAGUAUGGGAGCAUACAACAGCCUAUGAUUCCACUGGGAGAGCAUUACGGAGGCUACAACCAGCAGGUCUAUAGCCAACAGAAACCCGGAUAUUCACAUAUCCACUACAAUUCUAAGAGAAAGACUAAAUCGUUGCCCAUGAUAGGCAAGUUCCAUUCCAACCAGAUUAUUACAUCUAAUCAUUCUGGGAUUGGACCACAAUUGACUGCACUGGUCACUAAUUCCAAUAGAUCUAGUGGUUCUUCAGAGCAUAGGUCUUCACGGAAGAUGGGGCUGACAGGGGGAUUAGGAUCUAGUGCGUCAGGGGGGUCAGGGGAGUCAGGGGGGUCAGCUAGUGGACCCAAUGACACUCUGAAGAUAAACUAUCCUAUUCAGAAAUUGACUCCUACCACUCUGUCAUUUAUUCCUAUUGACAAGUUCAACUUAUUGAAAGAAAUCAUAUAUCCUCUGGUAGAAAUUAAGAGGUACACCACUUCCACUAUAGAUCCAACAAGGCAUUACUUAACUGUUUUCCAGUAUCCAAUCAACAACCAUUGGGUUAUUUGGGACUAUGAAACUGGCUUUGUUCAUUUGACCGGUGUAUGGAAGGCUUCAAUGAGUGCUGACUAUAUAAAAAGCCAUGCAAAGGCUGAUAUAGUGAAGUUAUUAGAGUCAACUCCAAGACAGUAUCAUCAACAUAUUAAGAGAAUUAGAGGUGGGUUCUUGAAGAUUCAAGGAACAUGGUUGCCCUUCGAUUUGUGCCGAAUCUUGGCGAGAAGAUUCUGUUAUCAUAUUAGGUACGAGUUAAUCCCACUAUUUGGAAUUGAUUUCCCAGAUUACUGUCUAAAUCCGAAUGAUAAGGGAUUUGGGGAAUUGAGGCUCGAUGAGGCUACUGGUGUCGCUGUUGCUGUACCUGAAGAGAGCACUUUCAAUGCACUGGAGCCACGGAUUAUCCUUGACUCUAAUGUGAGUGGUCUUGCUACUGCUGGCCAUAGCAAGAUUAAAAAGCAUUCGAAAGCUAAUAAGAAUAGCCGGAAACAUGAGAAGAGAAAUAAGCUAUUACUGGGCGAAAAGGAGAAUCAUGUCUUAGCUCAAACAUCGCUUCCUCUGUUGGCACCGCCUCUUGUGCCUUCAGUCGCAACUCCGGCCACAAGUCCCACCCAGUUCAAUGACUCUAUUGGGGGCUUUAUCGUUGCUACACCCAAUACAAAGCCACGUAUGCUUGAACCCGCUACUCCUUUAAACCGGCUAACCUCCAAUAUCAGUCCCUCGUCCAAUUCUAGGCAUAUGUCUUAUAGUGACAUGGUUGAUAUAGUCAAUGCCUCUAAGUGUCUACAAUCACUCAGCAACUCAAAUCAAGUUUCCCCUAUUUCAGUCGAUGAAAAUAAUCGUAAUUCAUUGAGGCAAAACAACUACAUUGCAACUUCUGAUUCCUCAAAUCGCUCUAUCAAUGAUAGCUCAGAUGGAAUACUGUCUAUUUUGCUUGCUGCUGGAGUUAGCGACGACUCUCCUGUUCGAAAUGGAGCCGAACACAAGCAAAGUACAAGAGUCAGUGUGAGUAUAAAUGAUUUAUUAACUUAG